ACGAAUUCCUUCUCUUCACUGGGACACCCAUUGUGACAGGGCCACUUGUAUAUAAGCGGGGAAUGGAACACUAUCUCGCGCAUACGUUAAUUUAUGUGGCUAAUUCCGUUGGCCAACUUCAGUUCAGUCUAACUUCUGCUCCGAAAGCCACCACUCCUUCGAUCGAUUCGCAGCUAAAUGAGCAUCUGAAUGGGCAUUUUUACACAGAAUAGAGUCCAUUAAACACUGGUAGAAAUGGGAGCCGGGCAGAAAGAGUGUGCGGAUCCACUGCGGAUUAGGAUCGGCGGCAUCGAGGGUGGCCAACAGAAGCCCCUCAACCGGGUGACAACCACCAAGUACACUUGGUUCACAUUCCUGCCCAUCAAUUUCUAUCAGCAGUUUAGGCGGGCCGUCUACUUUUACUUUCUGAUCAUCACAAUUGUAUCGUUUUUCGUAAACGAAACAAUAUCGCCACUGGUGUUCCUGCUGCCCCUGCUCUUUGUCAUGGCCAUAACGGCGCUGAAAGAGGGAUUGGAGGACUAUUCAAGAUCGAAAAGCGAUAAACUGGUCAAUACAGCGAGAGUAACUGUCAUAAGGAACGGCAAGGAGGAAACCAUCAACUCGCAGUUUGUUGUGCCAGGCGAUCUCGUGGUGGUGCGAAACGACGGCGAUGUGCCCUGUGACCUGGUGCUGCUGCAAUCGUCUAGUGCGGAUCGCAGGUGCUUCGUGACCACAGCCAAUUUGGAUGGAGAGACCAAUUUGAAGACCAUCUGCGUGCCGCCAAACUAUGUGCUUUCCGCCGAAGAUCAUGAGCUGCGGGUCAGGGAUUUCAUUGUCUGCGAGCCUUCUACCGCCGAUCUCUACAGCUUUAAUGGCCGCCUGGAGCUGAGGUCAGGGAACGAGGCUGAAGGCUCCAGCGGUGGUGACGCCCUGCCCCUGACCAUUGAUAACCUGCUCCUGCGCGGAGUCCGAGUCAAAAGCACCGAGCGGGUGGUUGGCUGUGCCAUCUACACCGGCAUGCACACCAAGUUGCAGCUGAAUAGCCGCUACACCGGCACCAAGUCGGCAUCCAGCGAGAAGUACAUCAACAAGUUCAUGGUGGCCCUCAUCGUGGGAAUGGUCGUGGUGGUGGUGGUCUUGUAUCUCAUCGAACGUCACAGGGAGGCGAAGAUUGCGCCAACCAUGCCCUACCUGGGUCCACCAAUCGACCUCAAUUCCGCGUGGGAAAUCUUCGAGGACGUGCUCUCCUUUCUGCUGCUCUUCAAUUACAUGGUGCCCAUUUCCGCCUAUAUGAACAUCGAAGUGUAUCGCAUCUACGGCAUGCACUUCAUGCACAAUGAUCUCCAUCUGUACGAUGAGGAAACCGAUCAGCCUUGCCGGGUCAACGCGUCCAAUCUGAACGAGGAACUGGGCCAGGUCAACAUCCUGUUCUCCGACAAAACAGGCACACUCACCAAGAACCUUAUGAAAUUCAUCAAAUGCUAUGUGCCAGCUGUUAACUAUGAGCUCCAAAGUACCCACCUUGUUUCUGAGGCCACCGGUGAGCAGUUCGAACUGGGAAAUCUCGAUGCCAAUGCAGCACUCCUUUUCGAGGCACUGGCCGUGUGUCAUACGGUGGAAGUGCUCCAGGAAGUGGGCGAGAAGACUCUGGAGUCGUCGGACUCACCGGACUCCGUGUCGGAGCAAAGUCGCUUGAUGAGCAGGAACAUUGUUGAGCGCUAUCAGGCGUCCAGUCCGGACGAGAAGGCUCUUCUCGAGGGCUGCGCCAGUCUGGGUCUAGUGUACGAGGGUCAGGAGGACGAUGUCCUACGCAUCUGCCGGUAUCCAAGCGCCGAAAGGAUGCAGUUCAAAAGACUGCACGUGCUGGAGUUCAGUUCGGAGCGACAGCGGAUGAGCGUCAUUGUCCGAGAUCAGAGCGGCGUAAUCUGGCUAUAUUCCAAGGGAGCGGAAAGCACCAUCUUUUCACGCUGCAAGGCGAGUCCUCUUGUGCAGCAGACGGACGCGCAGAUAACGAAAUAUGCCCAGAACGGCCUGCGCACCAUGGCGGUGGCACGACGCCGGCUGACCGAUGAAGAGUUGUCCCAUUUCGAGGAGCUCUACCGGAAUGCCAACACCCAGUUGAGCAACAGGAACGAACUGAUAUCAGAAUGCUACGAGGCAGUCGAGAAUGAGCUGGACCUUCUGGGCGCCACUGCCUUGGAAGACGCACUGCAGGAGCACGUGGGCGAGACGCUAGAGGCCCUGCAAGCGGCUGGUCUGAAGAUCUGGGUGCUCACCGGCGACAAAGUGGAGACGGCCUACAACAUUGGACUGGCCUGCCGCCAUAUACCGCCCGGAUCGAAGCAGCACUUUAUCAUCAACACGACUGAGCCAGCAGAGCUCCUUGCCCGCUUGCAGAUGAUUGGCGCUGACGAUCCGGAGGUGCUGAUAGUAGAUGGAACUACCAUAGCCGCCCUGCUGGCGCACACACCUCAUCAGUUCGCCGACCUUGCCCUACGCUGCCGAGCGGUACUUUGUUGCCGACUUAGUCCGCUGCAAAAGUGCGAGAUUGUCACGCUGAUCAAGCGGCGCAAGAAGCACAUUACGGCCGCGAUUGGCGACGGCGCCAACGAUGUGUCCAUGAUCCAGGAGGCGCACAUCGGCAUUGGGAUCACGGGUCGCGAGGGAAAGCAAGCCGCCCGCUGCGCCGACUUUGCGAUUGCCCGCUUUGAAAUGCUGCGCCGCCUGCUCCUCGUCCACGGGCACUACAACUCCCAGCGGCUGGCCUUCCUGGUGCUCUUCUACUGCUACAAGAACGUAAUCAUCACUGGGUGCAUGGCUCUCUACCAGGUCUACGACCUGUACUCCGCCACCAACAUCUACAAUUCGAUCUAUCUUUGGCUCUUCGACAUCGUCUACAUCUCGUUCAGCUUCACGGUCGUGGCCAUUUGGGAUAAGGACUACAGUGAGGAGACGCUGCUCAGUCAUCCUGAGCUAUACAAGCCUCUAGCCCACAACAGACAGGCCUCAAUGGGGGUUUUCAGUCUGUGGAUGCUCAACGGAUUUGUCCAGUGCUUCACAAUCUUCUAUUUCACCUACGCCAUGCUCAACGACGCGAAUGUGCUCUUCAAUGGCGGGCAGACCGCCAGUUUCCAGACCUUUGGCACCAUGCUCAUCACCAUCAUCGUGAUUGUGGGCAAUCUGAAGCUGCUUCUGGUGGCCCGCUACAUGACCUAUCGCAACUUCGCCAUGAUCCUCGCCUCCAUCGCCGCCUUCAUGCUGACCACGUACCUCUACAACCUGGACACCAGCAGCGAGCUCCACGACGUCUACAACCAGUUCCUCAGCUCGCUUCCCAUCUGGCUGUUCACGAUAAUUUGCUCGGCAGCCUGCCUGCUGCCCGACUUGGUCACCAGGGUCGUUAGUGACAUGUCCAGAAACGUGCCACCAACCAAGAGCAAGCCAGUAGUCUAAGUACACUUACAAUGAUUUAAUAGAGUAGGCGAUGAUCACAUUUCAUGAUGGUUUCCGGCGCGGUGUAUUGUACAAA